UUAUAUCGAUGUUCAUAUAAUUUCAAGUAGUGAUUAUACACAAACAUGGUUUUCUCGUUUUAAGUAGUGCUUGCGGUGGUUCUUGUUGAAAUACAGGUAAUCCUGCGGGGCUUCAUUGCACACAUGUCAAAAAAUGAGAGAGGACAGAGGAGAGGAGGAGGAAUCCCAUGCUUCUUUAAAUUCUGCUGCCAUUCUGCUACCGUGGGCGUCGUACAGCCCCGUUUCCAUAGAGGACAGUCUGCCGCAACCACAAGCCUAGCUUCGUCCACCUCUGAAUCAAGAAGCAACUAGGCAUGGACGACCGCACCUACAAGGGCGGCAUCAAGGCGUACUGGAAGCGCCGGGGCUACUACCGCAUGGACGGCGACGCCGCGCGGCGCCGCCAGCCGCUCCCCACCGUGGAGCUCGGAAAUGGCGUCUCCCAGGCCCAGGCCCAGGCCCAGCCGCCGGCGGGGGAUGGCUCGGGCCGGCGCCGCCGGUGCCGCGGGUGGCGCGUGCGCCGCGGCCAGCUGGGGCGGCGGCUGCUCCGCGCGCUGUCCCCUCGCCGGUGGCUCAUGCGGCUCCGCGACGCGUACGUGUCCGCCAUGCUGCGGCUGGCCUCCUCCCCCGCCGUCGGGUACGGCGCCGGCGCGCCCUUCUGCGCCACGGCGACCCACGGCGCGGCGGCGGCGGCGGCCUUCGCGCGGCCGGCGCAGCUCAAGGAGUACGACGAGAAGGUGCUGGUGGAGAUCUACAGGUCCAUACUCGCGCGCGGCGGGCCUCUCGCCGGCGCGCCUGCCGCCGCCACGCUGCGGCUACCGACGGCUGUUUGAGCUUGAGCGGCAGAAGAGACGUGUGUUCUUCUUGCUUAUUUUUAUUCUUAUGUGUCGCGACUUGUACUGAGUUGUAACUUGCGUGCGCCCCACAAGCUAGCGUUUCUUCUUCGUUCCCAAUUCGAUAUCAUCAAGUCUUAUGUUA